UCUCCCCUUGUUUGCUUAAUUACUCUAAUUAUAUAUAUAUUCAUGAGUUCAACACUAAUGAAAAAAAUAAAAUAAAAAUCCUUUCACAUUUUAAUAAACUUUUUGAAAAUGCAGUACUCUACUGUACACACUGGUUGUUUAUUUAUUUAUUUUUGUUUUUCUCUUUCUCUGUAUACAUAAUUAAUAAUUUACUAAUUUAAACUUUGUGCACUCCUAAGUUCCUGUCUAAUGCCAGAAAUAAAAGUAAUAAUAUAUAAAUUAUAUUUAUAAUAUCUGAACCCUAGGAAGUUUGACUUGGGUUUGAAAAGAGCAGAGUUCUCUUCCUCCUAUAUAAAACCCCUCUUAUGCUCUAUCUCAUAUUUCCCCUGAUCUUUUUGUUGUUCAACAACAAGAAUUAUAGCCCUACUUUCUAUUAAGAUAAAUAAAAUUAAGCAAAUAGUUAGAGAGAAAUUAGAGAUCUUUACAGAAUGGUCAGCUUAUUCUAUUUAGGCCUUCUUUUUCUCAUCAUGAUACAUAUUGCCCUUAUGGACUCAUCCUCUGCAUAUGCUCAUCAAUAUGAUCAAGAUAAUUCAUCAUUAUUGAGUGGAGGAAGGAAAAUGAUGAUGAUGAUGAGAGAAGAGAACAAUAAUAUUGCUGGAGGAGCUGUUGCUGUUGCUGUUGCUGGGAUCCCAAAGAUUUCAGGUGCAAGUCAUGAUGAUAUUGAUGGAUCAAAUUGUGGUGGGCAAGGAAUAAAGAGGGGUUUUAGUCAUGUAAAAUGUAAUAAAGUGCUUGAAGAAGAUCAUGAUGAUGAUGAUCAAAAAAAUAUUACAAGUACUAGAGAUAUGGCCUAUACUAAUAAGAAAGUAGUAGUAGUAGCUGGUUUUGUGGCUUUCAAUGCUGAUUAUCAUGGGCCUAAACGUCACCCUCCUAAACAUAAUUGAGUCAAAAAAAAAGAAAAAAAACUAGAGAUCAAAGAUGGGAUAGAUCGAUCUUUUUUGCUUAAUUAUAUUAAUUAUUUUUGUGCUUUUUUUCUAAUUGUAGGAGCUUUAGUAGUUACAUGUGUACAAACCUUAAACACACACAUAUAUAUAUAAAUAUGUAGUUGUAUGUAUGCAAAGUUUUAGAUGUUGGAAUCAUCAGAUUGUUCUUUCAUUUUAAUUAGUUGUAUUCUUACAAUUAUUAUUCAUUAUAUAAAUUAUUUGAAGCCAAAAAAAAAUAAAAAAAAAUUAGUUACAUGUUGCUCUUGUAUGUCCACAACAAAAUAUGGUUUAGUUUUCAGAUAUAUUUUUG